AGUUCCAACAAGUGAAGAACAUUAAUUUGUAUUAGUAAUCGCGUUGCGUGUGUCUGCAUGCACUUGAAUCUCACUUUAAAUAUUAGUUAAUUUUUAAGUUAAAGUGUAGCAAAUUUAUUUAUUUAGCUGCCCACGGUGGUAGCGACAUCGACUCUUCUUCACACAAACAUAAUCAAUCAUGGUUCUGUUUGUGCCAUCAACGAUUUUGGGGCGCAGCUACCUGCUAUUUGUGCUAGUGCUUGUCGUGGGCGUGUUCGCCCAGCACGAGUGGCAGGCCCGCGACGCCUUCGAUGAGAUAAAAAUACAGUUCGACAAGGUAAAUGCCGAUAACUGUCCCAUACAGCAUCAUGCGGACUUGUUUAUGCCGUUGGACACAGUGUCUCACAAGCCCGACAUCAAGGAAGUGAAUGUGAACCCCGUAUUCCCGAAUCGUACGGCUCUACUGCAUCUCCAGAACAUGGCACUGAGCCGAAGCUUCUUCUGGAGUUAUAUACUGCAGUCGCGCUUCAUACGACCGGCCAUUAACGAUACAUACGAUCCGGGUAUGAUGUAUUAUUUUCUUUCCACUGUGGCGGACGUAUCUGCCAAUCCCAGCAUCAACGCCUCGGCCAUUUACUUUGCGCCCAAUAGCUCUUACUCUUCAUCGUACCGUGGCUUCUUCAAUAAAACCUUCCCACGAUUUGGGCCACGUACCUUCCGCCUGGAUGACUUUAAUGAUCCCAUACAUUUACAAAAGAUUUCCACGUGGAAUACUUUCGACGUACAGGACUUGGGCGCCCAUCAUCCCGAUUCCAUUUCAAAGGAUUACACUCAUGAUCUUUAUAAAAUUAAUGAAUGGUAUCGCGCCUGGCUACCAGACAAUGUUGCUGGUCGGCAUGACACAAAGAUCACCUACCAAGUGGAAAUACGCUAUGCGAACAAUACAAAUGAAACGUUCACGUUUCAUGGUCCGCCUGGCUCUGAGGAGAUACCAGGUCCGAUAAAGUUUACACGGCCCUAUUUCGACUGCGGACGCUCAAACAAGUGGCUGGUGGCAGCCGUGGUGCCUAUUGCAGACAUUUAUCCCAGACACACCCAGUUCCGUCACAUUGAGUAUCCCAAAUAUACUGCCGUAUCUGUGUUGGAGAUGGAUUUUGAGCGCAUAGACAUUAAUCAGUGUCCGCUGGGCGAGGGCAACAAAGGACCGAAUCAUUUUGCAGACACAGCGCGAUGUAAAAAGGAAACAACCGAAUGCGAACCCCUACACGGCUGGGGCUUUAGGCGUGGUGGCUAUCAAUGUCGUUGUAAGCCGAGCUAUCGACUGCCAAACACUGUGCGGCGACCCUAUCUUGGCGAGAUUGUGGAACGAGCCUCGGCAGAACAAUAUUACAAUGAAUACAAUUGCCUUAAAAUCGGCUGGAUACAAAAGUUGCCCAUUCAGUGGGAAAAGGCACCAUAUCAUAUACGAGAAAAAUAUUUAGAUUUGCAUACUGAGUAUCGCAACUACUCGACAGGCGCAAGAGCCCUGCACACCGAACAUUUGAAUAUUGACCAGGCCCUGAAGUAUAUUCACGGCGUUAAUUACCGCACAUGCAAGAACUUCCAUCCACAAGAUCUUAUCUUGCGCGGUGAUGUUAGCUUUGGCGCCAAGGAACAGUUCGAAAACGAAGCCAAAAUGGCUGUGCGUCUGGCCAACUUUAUUAGCGCCUUUUUGCAGGUAUCGGAUCCCAAUGAGGUGUACUCCGGCAAACGUGUUGCGGACAAGCCGCUGACCGAGGAUCAAAUGAUAGGCGAGACCCUGGCCAUUGUGCUGGGCGACAGUAAAGUCUGGUCUGCGUCAACACUUUGGGAGCGCAAUAAGUUCACCAAUCGCACCUACUUUGGACCCUAUGCAUACAAAACGGAGCUGAACACGCGCAAGUUUAAGGUGGAAGAUCUGGCGCGUCUUAACAAAACGCACGAGCUUUAUACGGAAAAGAAGUACUUUAAAUUCCUCAAGCAGCGAUGGAAUACGAACUUUGAUGAUUUGGAAACGUUCUACAUGAAAAUCAAGAUACGUCAUAAUGAGACAGGUGAAUACCAGCAGAAGUAUGAGCACUACCCGAACUCGUAUCGUGCCGCAAGCAUUAAGCACGGUUACUGGACCCAGCCUCAGUUCGACUGCAAUGGUUAUGUCAAGAAGUGGCUGGUAACCUAUGCGGCGCCCUUCUUUGGCUGGGACAGCCUCAAAGUCAAACUGGAAUUCAAGGGUGUGGUCGCUGUGUCCAUGGACAUGCUGCAGCUGGACAUAAACCAGUGUCCGGACUGGUAUUACGAGCCUAAUGCCUAUAAGGGCACACACAAGUGCGAUGAGAAGACUUCAUAUUGCGUGCCUAUUAUGGGUCGUGGCUAUGAGACUGGCGGAUAUAAAUGCGAGUGUUUGCAGGGCUAUGAGUAUCCAUUUGAAGAUUUAAUCACUUACUAUGACGGCCAGCUGGUCGAGGCCGAAUAUCAAAAUAUUGUUGCCGAUAAGGAGACUCGCUAUGACAUGUUCAAAUGUCGUCUGGCGGGAGCAUCGGGCUUGCAAUCUGCGUUGGGUUUGGUCAUCUCAUUGUUUGGCCUUACGCUCACGCUAAUAUAUAGAUUAAGUUAACCAUCCAUAAGCCAAAUAUCUAACGUCAAUUUCCGUCCAAACGAAACUCACAUCAAACCUCACAAAAA